CGGAAGUUGCUCACAAUUUUUUAAACUCUUAUUUUUAUUGCGGUGCUCACGUUGACAUUUUCAUCCUCGUGUGUAUUUCGUCCUAUGAACUUGUUUUUUUACGUGUUUUGUUGUGGUUGUAACGCUGAGUCCCAUUGUUUUUUCGUUUCACGCGUUUCCUGGAAGCAGAAAAGCCGCCAAGGUCCGUUAGCAUGUGCUAACCCGCGCUAACUAGUAAACAGCGACGUUGCGUUGAAGCCAAGUCUGGAAAUAGUCCUUUUUACAGUCUUUCUGUCGUACGUUUGUUUCGCUUAUCGUCUUCCACUCCACAUCCAGAUGAGUGAGCAGAAGGAGAAUAAGGACGUCAACGUCAAGAUGUCUGAGAACGAAGAGAAAAGGGUGGACUCCAAUGUCAAAUGGCGCCCCGCUGGAGAGACAACUUCUCCAGCAUCAGAGUCAAUUCAGGACUUCAGUCAUCCAGUCUACAAAGAAAUUGCCGUUGCCAAUGGACACAUCAACAGAAUGACUAGGGACGAGCUACGGACCAAGUUGGCAGAACUGAGUUUGGACACGAGAGGAGUGAAGGACGUGAUGAAGAAGAGGCUGAAGAGUCACUACAAGCGGCAGAAGCUGCAGCAAACGGCAACAGAGGGAGCAGCCGCCGACGCCUACUACGACUUCAUCUGCGUGGUGGACUUUGAAGCCACCUGCGAAGAGCUGAAUCCUCCCGGCUUCAUGCACGAGAUCAUCGAGUUUCCCAUGGUGCUCAUCGACACACACACCCGGAAGAUAGUCGACACUUUUCAGGAAUAUGUGAAACCGGAGCUGAACCCACAGCUGUCGGACUUCUGCGUCAGUUUAACCGGAAUCACUCAGAAAAUGGUGGAUGAUGCUGAUCCGUUCCCAGUCGUCCUCCAGCGGGUGGUGGAGUGGCUUCAGAACCGAGAACUGGGCACCAAGUACAAAUAUGCCUUUCUGACAGAUGGAGCCUGGGACAUGAGCAAGUUCCUCAACAUUCAGUGUCGAAUCAGUCGGAUCAAAUAUCCGCAGUUUGCAAAGAAGUGGAUCAACAUUCGCAAAUCGUAUAGGAACUUCUACAAGCUGCCCAAAACUCACACCAACCUGAGGAGCAUGCUGGAGCGCCUGGGCCUGACCUACGAGGGCAGACCUCACUCGGGCCUGGACGACUCGCGCAACAUCGGCAGGAUCGCCGUGCGGAUGCUGCAGGAUGGCUGCGAGCUGCGCGUCAAUGAGCGGAUGCACUCGGGCAAGCUGCUGUCGGUGCCGAGCUCUGCGCCUGUAGAGGGAGCCGACCCGCCUCGGAUCCCUCGCAGCAGGGACUAGGGUCCGGAUCCUCAGGAGAAAAAGAUACUGUUUGCACUUUGACCUCCCCAAUCCUUGGAUGGAUUUUUAAAUACUUUCACGAUUGUCUUUGUGCCAACCUUCUGUUAUGUCCUCAUUUUAUCGCCCGGAGUCAACGGUGUCACAGAUCAAGGAGCCUGAACUAACUGCCCAAAUGCUCCUGUGGUUUGAGUGCUACAUGCUCGCGGUCAAAUCUGUAUGAAAUUAUCUUCUUGUUUUUGGAUUGGAGACGACAUGUGUCAAACCUCUCAACAUUUCAAAAUACCGUGCUUUAAACAGACGUCCUAUUCUGUGAUCUUUUAUAUGUUUUUAUUUCACAGAGUCUGUCCUAUUUUGACAGAAAUAAAUUUUCUGCCGAAUGUUGAA